AAGUCUUGGCCCCAUCUUCUGCUUUCACCUGGCCCCCCCCUCCUGUCCGCGCGCACGCCUCGGAUCUUGGUGCGCCAUUCCCCUUCUUCCACGGCCCCCCUUCUUGCUUGGAUGCCCCCGACGUCAUGAUUUUUUGGUCCCCAACGCCUACCCCCCCCCGAGUAUCAGUCUCGGACCACUUCCCAGGACCGGCUCUUCAUCCUGAGUCGUUUCCGGACGGUCCCGGGGGCCGUGCGAGGGACCCAGAGGCCGAAGAUCGGCCAAAACCGUCCGUCGUGUUUGCUUCCCCCCCGCUAUCUGCCCCGCCCCUCGUGGGGAGGCCCUCAGGCGAGUGGCCGCUCGACCGUCAGUGCAUCCUGCGGCUGCCGGUGGACCUGGCGGAGCGGGCCCGCGGCUGCCUGCAGCCUGGCGCUGCGCCGGGCCUGGACCUCAGCCUGAGGCCCGCGCCGGCCAGAGACGAGCCCGGCGCCCCCAACGGCCGGCUUUUCGACGUCAGCGCGUUCGGCGAGAGCCUCCACGGCACGCUCGUGGACCUGCCGUGCGCCGUCGAGAGCCACCUGCUGCUGCCAGCGCCACCGCGGGCCCCUGACGCCGCAGGAGCCUCCGGGGGCGCCGCGGGCAGCGGCACGGCCUACAAGGCCGCGGACGUCUGGCAGAUGCUGGUGGUGCACCGGGAGCCCGAUCUGCCCGGCGUCUGCGCCGGCCCGGGCGGCGCCCUGGAGUGGCCGUCUGGCCUCACGCCGCCCACGCGGCGCAUCCGCGCGCGCAAGUUCCGCCGGCGGCCACCGGCGGGCUCCGAGUUUGCGCCGGCGCGGAUCGCGGAGGCCGUGGCCGCCCUCAAGGAGCGCAUGGCGAACGCGCCGUACUCCUACGAGGUGCUGGAGGAGGUGGACGAGGCGACCUGGCAGGAGGUGCUGCGCACACAGCCGGAGAACGUGUACAAGCCGCCCGCCCAGGAGGCCCCCCCCGCCGCCCGCGGGCGCGGGCGCCCCGCCGCAGCACCGGCAGCCGCGGCCCACGCCCGGAGCCAGGCGUCGGCCGCCCGGUCGGCAGGCAGCGCCUGCAGCGGCCCCCGCAGCGCCGCGGGCGGCAAGCGCCGCGCCGGCGCGGCGAGCGGUGCGGCGAGCGGCGCGGCGAGCGGUGAGGGCGGCCCGGGAGCGGCGCCGGCGGGCGCCGGCAGGGUGAUCAAGCUGCGCCGCCGGGGCAGCAUGACAGGCAACAUGCCGCCCCUCCCUGGGCCCGGCAAGAUGAAGUGCCAAGUGAUCGCAUGGUGCCUGCACGAUGUUGCCGCAGAGGAACACCUCGCGCUGAGCACGCGCCUGACCGCCUCGCUGGAGGAGGAGAUGGAGUUCCGGCUGGAGCGGCAGCGCGUGCGGACCCUCCUCGCGGAGACCCAGCAGGCGGCGGCGGCCCUGCGGGCCCGCUCUGACCAGCUGGAGGCGGAGGCGGCGCGGGCCGCCCCCGGCCCGCAGCGCCUUGGGCACGCGCCUGCGUUCGCCGGCGCUGUCGAUGAAGACAUGGUUACGCCAGUUGGCCCUUAA